UUCCCUCUCAGCUGACCAGUGUACACAGAAGUAGCGUAAGUGAAAUUAGUUGCUAAUCGUGGUUUUUAGUAAUAACGAUAUACGUAAAAUACGAAUUUUGCAAUUUUAUUUAAAUUCGGUACCUACAUAAACGAACAAUUUAAAAUAUGUAAGAGUGCUAUGUAAUGUAAAGUGCAUUAAAACUAAAGUGACACUGCUUCUUUUAUUGGGUAAUUAUUUUGAUUAGUAUUAAACCAAGUGGUGAAUAAUUAUUUAUAUAGUAAAUAAAGAGUGUGUAGUGUUAUUGUUUGUGUCUGUUGAUCAGCUGCUGUAAUCAAAACAAUAACUGGACAUUGAUGUAGUAACUUGGGUCGGCUUCGGAAAAUUAAAAAUCAAUUUUCGACAUGACCUAUAAAAUUCGUAAAAAGUUAUAUUUUCUCACAUAGUAAUAUACAAAAAUUGCCCAAAAUGCCUGCAGUAAUAUCAAAGUUUCUUGAGAAAGCCGAAGAGACCCGCCAGCAGCUGAAAAUACCCAGAAAUGUCUUCACAGGUGCUGUGGUAGCUGUAGCUCUUGUUACCUACACCUACAAGGUGGGCUAUCCCCUUGUUGAAUCUUAUAUUCACCGUACGAACACCCAGCAGGACAGUGUUAACAAUAACCUGUUGGUGACGAAGAGUUCUUUGAAUGGGAUCUCUCGAAAAAAGUCCCAAGACACCGCCCUCGGCAAAUACAAGCCGAAGAAAUGCGAAAAACUCUCGUACAUAGAGAAAAUUGUGAUGAAAAUUCCUGGAAUCAAUCACCAAUUUAUUUUACAGUUUUUACGCCUUAUGACCAUCAUGAUUCCUGGCGUCUUUAGUGCAGAGGUGGCUUUACUAUUUGGUCAUACUUCCUUCCUUUUCCUUAGGACCUUUCUUAGUAUAUUCAUAGCUAAUUUAGAAGGGGCUAUUGUCAAAUAUAUCGUACGUAAAGAGCCAAAGAAUUUUGCAAAACAGCUUUUGAAAUGGUUCGCCAUUGCCGUUCCUGCCACAUUUAUAAAUAGCAUGAUCAGAUAUUUAGAGAGUAGGAUAGCCCUCAGUUUACGAACCAGAUUGGUCGAACACAGUUACAAGUUGUAUUUCAAAAAUCAGAGCUACUAUAGGGUAACGGUACUCGAUGGAAGAUUGGAUAAUUGUUCGCAAAGGCUCACUGACGAGAUAGAGACCGUGGCAACCAUGGUGUCCCAUCUUUACGGCCAGAUAACCAAACCUCUUUUCGACAUCCUUUUGAUGUCGAUAGCCUUAGCAAAUUUAGCCAAGUCCAGAGAUGCUAAUCUUAUAACUGGUCCAAUUUUGAUUACGUCGGUUGUAAUGGUAUCCGCACUGAUAUUAAAACUAGUUUCUCCGAGAUUUGGACAGUUGGUAGCCCAAGAGGCUGAGAAAAAGGGCUAUUUAAGACACGUGCAUUCGCGACUGGUGACGAAUGCCGAGGAAAUAGCCUUCUACGGUGGUCAUAAAGUGGAACUAACCCAUCUCAGGAGUGCCUACAGGGUCUUGGCCCAGCACCUCCAGCACAUGUUCAAAGUUAAAUUAUGGUUUGUGAUGUUAGAACAGUUCUUGAUGAAGUACGUUUGGUCUGGUGCUGGUAUAGUUGUGGUAAGUCUUCCCAUUUUGAUGGCAGGCUCGAAAAAAGUCGAACCCAUUGAAGACGAUGGGGUGAAGACUACCAUAGCCGAUUCUCUGCCCGCUUUGACGAGCUCCGGGGAUGACGGGGAUUCCGGGCUCAGUUUGUUUAAUGCAAAACCGGCAAGAACGUCCGAUAGUAUUUCGGAAAGAACCCAUUACUUUACCACAGCAAAGAAUUUGCUAAUGACUGGUGGUAAUGCAGUGGAAAGAUUGAUGUCGAGCUAUAAAGAUAUAGUGGAAUUGGCCGGACAUACUGGAAGGGUUGCUAAUAUGUUCACGGUGCUGGAAGAGGUCAGCCAGGGUAUUUACGAGAAAACGUUAGUUGAAAAGAAAGAAAACAUGGAUGGGUUUAAUGUUGAGUUCAGAAAUGGUCAACCGGUUAGUAAAGGAAAAUUGGUGUACACUGCUCAGACAGAAUUAAUUUUAAAAGAUGUGCCGAUUGUAACGCCUAAUUGCGAUGUGGUUUGCUCUUCAUUAACAUUACAUCUUAAACCUGGUCAACAUUUAUUAAUUACUGGUCCUAAUGGAUGUGGAAAGUCAAGUCUUUUCCGUAUUUUGGCCGGUCUCUGGCCAAUCUAUGGGGGUGAAUUGCACACCCCCAAAAAUGCCAUGUUCUACAUACCUCAAAGACCAUACAUGGUCAUAGGAAACCUUCGUGAUCAAAUUAUUUAUCCCGACACGCACGUCGACAUGAUUAAUAAGCAAAUUAGCGAGGAUGAUUUGAUAAGGAUUAUGAGGAUAGUCCAUUUGGAUCAUAUUGUCGAAAGGGACGGGUUCUAUGCGGUUAAAGAUUGGACAGAUAUACUGUCAGGGGGUGAAAAACAAAGAAUGGCUUUGGCAAGGCUGUUCUACCACAAGCCGAAAUAUGCUUUAUUGGAUGAAUGUACGUCUGCCAUAUCAAUUGACGUAGAGGGUGAAAUAUACCAAGCCGCUAUUGACUCUGGUAUUACCCUUUUGACCAUCACACAUAGGCCCACGCUUUGGAAAUUCCAUACCCAUAUGCUUCAGUUCGAUGGAGCUGGAUCAUGGACAUUUUCGAAACUUAAUUAUUCGAACAAGUUAGAGCUUAAAAAAGAAAAAGAAGAUCUUGUAAAUCGCGGAGAAACGGAAUUAACUAGUGAUCGAUUAUGUGAAAUAAAUAAACUUUUAGGCGAAGAUAAUAAUAGUAAUGCCAAUUCUACGUAAAUGUUUACUUAUAUAUAUAUAUUUUUUUUAUAUUUGUUUAUAUGUUGUAUAUUGAGUAUUUUAUUUGAAAAAUACGUAUUUUAAUAGAAGUUGAAGUUACCAGUGUUGUAUUUGUACGUACUACUUUAUAUGUAAAACAAAUUAAACAUACACAUAAACUAAAUUAAUUCUUUUAUUUAAACAAAACCGUUCAUUAGUUAAUGUUUCUUAAAGUUUACUUUACAGGGUAAGUACUAGAUAUCAUUAAUAUCUUUUAUUUAUUAAAUAUCAUUAAACUUUUUACUAUAUUUCUGUAAAUUAAUAGAGAAUAAAUGCAAAAUCUUUGAUCAUAGUGCUCGUUGACUUCUUGAACAAGUUGGUGCGUGGUUGCAACAUCUCAGCAGUGUUAAUUUCGUUAUCGUGCGAGCCGGGUUGUGAUGAACAU